UCAAAAUUUAUUUAUAAUGUUUUGUGGUUUAUUUUAUAUGCUUUUUAUCUUAAUAUGGUUAAGCAAAAGCAUUUUGUUUGUUAAAUAGCAGUACUGUGGUUGUUUUCUGAAUGCACAAAUAUGUGCAGGUAUGUUGACCAGUUUGAUGAAACAGACCCAAAAGAAUCAAGGCUGAUGUCAACAUUCUUCAACACACUCUUGCAGUCUUGCUUGCAGUGUGCCUUGGUGGUGCUGUCAGCUUAACCUUCAUUGUGUGGAUACAAAUCCAUAAAGGAUGGGAUUGGGGAUUUGGGAUUGGCACCACUGCUAUGUUACUUGGCAUCAUUAUCUUUGCUGCUGCAUUGCCACUAUACAGAAUUCAUCCUGCUAAAGGAACAAGUGCUUUACUUGAGAUCGUGCAGGUCUAUGUUGCUGCAAUCCGGAAUAGAAGACUUACCCUUCCUGAAGAUCCUGCAGAACUAUAUGCGAUUGAGCAGGACAGGGAAGCUACUUUGGAAACAGAGUUUCUACCUCAUAGAGAUAUUUACAGGUUCAAUUUUCCUUCUUGUAACUGUUAA